AUGCUAGCCCUUGAAAAAGAGAUCGUUCUCGGCAAGAGGGAUCUUUAUAAACAGAAUACUGUAAUUUCUGACGCUUUAAAAAACGGCCUACCAGAUGAAGUUCGGCGGCAAUUGGAACAAGUGCAAAGAUCCCUGCAUUCAUUGUCGGCUCCACGAUUCAAGCAUCGACCGGAAACGUCGCAUUUAGACUGCAGUAGGUUAUUCCACAAAGACCAGCAUUACAUGGCUGAAGUAGGACGCUCACGCAUUGUGUUGGUUGACAGCACCGUUCUGAAUAUGGACUGCGAAUCGAUUUGGUUGAGGGUUCUACGCUCGCCACAGCCGCUAACAGGUUACGGAAUCGCGUUCGCUAGGAUCGUUCAUACAGAUUAUGAAUUCCUGGAAGAACAGCUUCGUAACAACUAUUCCCCUGAAAAUCAUUACUGCUAUCACGUCGACUCGAAGUCGCCCAAUGUUUUUAAAGAACGCAUGGCAAAACUAUCGUCGUGCUUGCCCAACAUAUAUUUGACUAAAGAUUAUUUGGAAGUAGAUGGAAGAACAGGCAAAAAUGUCAACUUCGCUCACAUGGCCUGUCUGAAACUACUCGAGAAGAAAGGCUCUUGGCAAUAUGUUGUUCUUCAACAGACCCAUGACGUCGUAAUUCGAACAAACCAAGAAAUGAAACGCAUUUUUCAAGCUCUGAAUGGUUCGAACGACGUCGAGAUCGGCCCAUGCCCCGCAGAAAAUUACGAUCAAGGUAUGAAAUGGGACGCGGAAUCUCUUGGAGUGUUCCACAACUUAACUUGGCAGCCAUCUUCUGAAGCGCUGAAAACUCCACUGUUCAUCGUGAAGGGCGCAGUGCAAGCAUCGCUGUCACGGGAAGCAGUGAAAUGGAUGACAAGAGUCAAUCUCACAAAACUUAUUGGCCAAUUCAACGUUGGGGCAAACGAAUGGGAAAUGCCAGGACGGUUCACUAAGCAGUGUUUCUUGAACGACUCUCUUUCAAAUGAUGCCAUCACCAGAAUGGUCCAAUGGAGGGACGCGGAUAGCCAGUGCAAGGCAGGAUUCCUUCGACAUUCAGUCUGCGUGCUCGGGAUUGAAGAUCUUCCUUUCAUUGCUCGUUACCGUCACAUCCUUGUGAAUAAGGUUGGCAAAGUAAUUAGUCAGAUGUAG